UUUUCCCUCCAAAUUCCUGCCCUUCACCAAAUUAGUUGCCCCAUUUAUGGGUUUUACUUUCCGUUGAUUCUCUUUUUGCUGUAAAUAUUUUCCCUUUGAUUCUAUCAGAAUCUUCGAUGAAUUUCUGAGGAAAAAGAAAAACCAAAACUCAUACAGAGUUCAUAUCUCCACUGAACAUACAUCGAUUGCUGAGGGGCACACUCUCAAUCCAUCCACACAUUCAUCGCCACCUGGAAGCAUGUGUUUGCUGUCGCUUCUGGAUAUGCAUGCUGAAUUGUCUGACAAGAAUUUCAUUUGGCACUUUGGUAUGAUCAGGAGUUAAUUUCAAAGUUGCAAAUGAAGAGUUGUGCCAGCAAUUUGAGCAGACUGGACUCUUCAAAGACAACCUAGUGCUCCUUAAUCCACUAGUUGAAACUCAGGUGGAAACUUUCAACCUGAAUUCUGACUUCAUUGAAUGUUCAAACCUUGUAGAAAACAUGACAACUGGUCCAAUGAGUGCAUAUGAACAAGUAGUGCUUGAUAGUGAGGAUGAGGAAAUGCACGAUAGCAAAUUGGUGACUGUUUACAAAGGGUUAUGGGACAAAAAAUUCUUUGGAACCGUUAAAAAUUCUAGAAUGAAGUUUCACAAGAGGCAUCUUGGACCAACUUCACCGAGUGAGCAAGCGGAGAAGGGAACAGCAAACACAUGUGUUCAUUCAUUUGGGAAAUCUGUUACUGGGGACAAAGAAACAUCAACUGACGCUGAGAGCUCUGACAACAACAAUCAUCUACAUCUAUCUACAACAUUGAGUCAAAUACCCUCUCCAGAGAUUGGGGAUUUAACCCAAGACGAUGCACUGGGAUAUGUGGAUCGCUACUUGUCAGUCAGCAAAGUAGAAUUAUCUCCAGGAAUUUGCCAUAGAAAGGCUAGUAGAGAGAAAUCACCUCCUCUGAUAAGUGCAAGAGGAGCACAAAAUUUGGCCAAGAAAAUUCAAGUUCAGACCCAUCAUGAAGAAAAAAGACCCUUCGAAUGGGUUGACGCUGGUCGAAUGGACAGAGGAGCUGAUAUUUUUCAUAAAACGAUCGUGGCAUCUUCAAAUUGUGGAGUAUGGGGACAGACAUACACAAGAAGAAAACAUAAAAGUGGUUAUCCCGAGAACAGAGGAACCUGUAGCGCAGGUGAUGGAUGCGAAGAGAAGUUAGCUCAAGGACUAGGAACAGUUGCUGAGAAUAAUAGCUCUAUGAAGGAGUUGGAUGUUCAGUCAGAUGCUGCAGGAAAGAAUAUUGACGCUUAUUCUGGUGUGGGACAUACGGAGGACACCUGUGAUAUUGGUUUAGACACCCAGGUAGCUGCUGAAGCUAUGGAGGCCUUAGCUUAUUUGCCCCCUCCUGCUGGCAGAUGCACAAGGAUCACAUCAAGCAAAGAAAGAAAGAGGAAUAAUGAUUCUGUAGAUGGAGGAAUUGUGAGAUCCAAAAAGAAAAGAACUGGUUUAACAGCCAAUCCAUUCAAGUUGGUUCGUGAUGCAGAACAUAUUGAGACGCCUUUGAGUUUACUUGGGAUUGCUACGAAGAACAGUUUGAAUUGUCAGGUUCAAGUGUGUCCGCAGCUGUCCACUAGCAGCAGUUUUUCAAGUCUUAAUUCAUGGCAUUAUCAGAAGGGACCAAGAGGAAAAAGAAAAUGUCCUAAUGUGCGAAGCUAUCCAGAUGCACCCAGAAAUUGGGGUACUCAGUCUACAAUAGUCAAUGGAAAUGAAAGUGAUAUCAUCUCCAUGGCAAAUGGCAGAAUUCAGGGAAAUGUAGAAGGCGAAGACAAUGAGAAUGAAGCAUGUUUACCUAACAUCCACCUACUUUCUAGUGCCAAACGUAUCGGUGCUCGGACGAUCAGUGAAGGCAGAAAGGUUUCGAAUGCCAAUGCGACUUGCUAUAAGCAUCACAAAAGGCCAAUUGACAAAAACCUACCAAAAUCCUACCUUUUAAAGGAGCUUAUUAGAUUAGGUGUUUCUGAGCACGCAACAGAUUUGAUAGGGAAAAAACUUAGACAACGAAAAGAUACGUCAUAUGUUCGAGUUCUGUUAAGCCAACAUUUGGAUGAGAGUAUCAUUAAGCAGCAAAAAAAGAUCUUGGCACGGAUGAACGUAUCUAUUGCAUCAGGCCCAAUAGAGGCUACACAUUUUGUAGCAGACAAAUUCACACGCACAAAGAAUAUGUUGGAAACCAUGGCUCUUGGCAAGUUGGUGGUGACGCAUUUAUGGCUUGAGAGUUGCGGACAGGCAAACUGUCUUGUUGACGAGAAAAAUUACAUUCUAAGAGACGUGAAAAAGGAAAAGGAGAUGGGAUUUAGCAUGCCUGUUUCUCUUGCUCGAGCAAGACGGCAACCACUUUUAACGGGCAGAAGUGUCUUCAUCACCCCUCGCGUUAAACCUGAUAACAAAGUGAUCACAAGCUUAGUCACAGCUGCUCACGGUCAGUUGGUGGAUGAAUGCCAGAUUUAUACCGGCAAGAAUGAUGAAAUGUUAGAUAAUGUGUUGAUUAUUUCUUGUGAAGACGACUUUGAAGUGUGUUGCCCGUUUCUUCAGAGAGGAAUUACUGUGUGCAGUUCAGAGCUUCUUCUGAGUGGAAUAGUGACCCAGAAACUGGAGCUUGAGAGAAUCAAACAGCGGCACCAAAUUGGAUCCCUUGGAUUGGAAAUAUUUGCGCAUGUAGCAACUAGCAAAUCUACUGUUGGGAAAAUAAAGCGUUUGUGUAUGGCAGACAUCAACUCUUUGCAUAUCAAGUUGCCAGGAAAAGCCAGGAUACAUCAAGCCGUCGUUUUGGGAAGGUCUACAGAAGGCGUCGCAAACUGUUUGUAGAUCACAGCUGAGAUGAAAGAAUAAGAUAACGAUUUUCUUGUCCAUAAGGAGGAGCUCUCACCCAAACUGAUUGACUUGUCCAUGCUUUGAUGUUGGCUACCGGAGCUUUCGCAUUUUCUCACCAGCGGACUUUCGGUGCGCGCGCUUGUGCCUUGUGUAGUUGCUUGCGAAUUUAACUGUCUUUUUUCAGUCAGAGUUUGAAUGGCCUUUUUGUACAUCCUACUUGACGCAAACUACAAUGAUCGCAAAAGAUAGGUUAGAGAGCAGGGAAUAUUUUGUCAGAUUUAUUCACGUGCAUUGCUAAAUUAUUGAGAUCCUGAUAUCAGCCUACAAAUUGCCUUGUAUAAUUAUCUCAGUCUGAAUAUGUCAGAUUCACUUAGCAUAAAAUUAUAGUCUGCAUGCUUGGUCAUGCAGGAUCUACCAA